GCAAUAAAAAUAAUUGACAAAACUCAGUUGAAUCCGACAAGUCUACAAAAGGUCACCUGUUUUAAAAAUGACUCUUCCCUCGGUGGUCUAAGUCUUAGACAUUGCUGUCGCUGCCAUUGCCAGUAGUCCACCUCCCCUCCGUCUCAUUUCCUGGAAUGCCUCCGUAUCGGACUUCUUUCUUUCCCCUUUCCCAUCAGCUGUAAUAGAAAUGCAAGAAAAUAGGGAAAUCCCUUUUACGAAGAUGGCACUGAAAGCUAAGAAGGAAGCCCCUGUCCCUCCCAAAGCCGAAGCCAAAGCAAAGGAAGCCAAGAAAGCGGUGCUGGAAGGCGUCCACAUUCACAAAAAAAAGAAGAUCCGCACAUCACCUACGUUCCGACGACCCAAGACUCUGCGUCUCCGAAGGCAACCCAAAUACCCUCAAAAGAGUGCCCCCUGGAGAAACAAGCUUGACCACUAUGCCAUCAUCAAGUUCCCCCUGACUACUGAGUCAGCCGUGAAGAAAAUAGAAGACAACAACACACUUGUGUUCAUGGUGGAUGUCAAGGCCAACAAGCACCAGAUCAAACAGGCUGUGAAGAAGCUCUAUGACAUUGAUGUAGCCAAGGUCAGCACCUUAAUCAGGCCUGAUGGAGAGAAGAAGGCAUACGUUCGGCUGGCCCCUGACUAUGAUGCUUUGGAUGUUGCCAACAAAAUUGGGAUCAUCUAA